UUGAUAAAUGAGGUAAGCUAAUUGACUUGAUUUUUUAAAAAGAGAGGAAAACCAAAUUAUUCAUAUCAAAAAUAAAAAAGGAGAACUUACAAUAAUGGAAGAGGAAAUAAAGGAAAUUAUCAGAAACUACUUUGCCCAGUUAUAGGCUAUCAAAAUUGAUAACUUGGUUGGAGAAAAUAGUUGAAUAUUUGCAAACAACAUAAAAUACUCAGAUUGAUAAAAAUAUCACUGGGUUGCUUAUAAAUCACCUCAACUUAGAAAAAAGAAGUUGGACAAGUAGGGAAUUAAUUUCCAAAGAAAAAUUUCCCCAGGACCAGAAGGGAUUUACAAGUGAAUUUUACCACAUGCUGAAAGGUUAAUUCCAAUACUACAUAAACCAUUUACAAUAACAUGUUCCCUUCCAAUCAGAUCAUAUGAUAGUAUAUUUAGAAAACUCUGAAGUGUCAAAAAAAAAAAAAAACUAAUUGAAAUAAUUAAUACCUUCUGCAAAGUUGCAGGAUACAAGAUAAAUCCGUAUAAAUCAUCAGCAUUCUUAUUAUAUGACAAACAAAACUCAGUAGGAGGAAGUACAAAGGGAAUUUCCAUUCAAAAUAAUAUAAGAGGCCAUAAAACAUUUGGGACUGUAUCUACUGAGAUUCACUAAGGGUUUCUAUGAAUUUAACUAGAUAGUUAUUGUGAGCAUAUAAAUAAAAUAUAAAAUUAAGCACCUACUAUGUGCCAGAGACACAUAUUUGCGGAUACAAAGAAGAAAAAGAAACUCUGGGAAAUGGAGAAUGGAGCUGAAAAGUUCCGAGCCCUUCAUCAAGGAAGGUUUGGGAGUUUAUUGCUCCACCAUUCAACGUUCCAAUUAGUGGGGUGAGGUAGCUGAGCAUACUAAGGGACAUUAAAGUAAGUCUCCAGGCUGAUUCCAUUUGUGGUGAUGAGUUUGUCCUGGAGGAGGCGCAAAGUUUCUGGGUAGAGCAGCUCGUGGAAAAGGGAAAGAAAUUCCAUUGAAAAAAGAGCCCUUGUGGGGAGCGGAGUGUAAAUGGGAAGGAGAGAUCAGUUCAUCAGAACGUAAGAACAAAUAAAUUCUAUUAGAUUAAGUUUUGUAUCUCAAAACUCUUUGCAGUGAUGUGGACCAGAAAUGGGAUUUUUAAAAAUGUAACGACUGCAGAAUCAGGGGUUCAUGGGUAGGGCGGGCUAGUAUAGCUGAGACGGCAAUAUUUCCUGAAUCAGUUUACUUAAUUCGGUUCUGUGCCGGGCUCCUAAAAGACUGUUUUGGAGGGUUAGAUAACAAAAAUAACAAGAACAAUACAAGGGGAAAGGUUAGCAACGGAAACAAAGAGGAAGUACCACGGGGAGUCUCUCCCGCGACGCCACCUGGGAAUUCCCUCCAAAAAGAAAUCACGGGUCCUUGCCCCUCCCUCCCAUCAGUUUCAUGCAUGUGACUGGGACGCCUGCUGCUUCUGGGGUCGGGAUCACUUCCUAAUUCUUCUUCUCCUCACAAAGUCCCAGACCGCACCUCGCUUUCCACGCGUCGACCAGGGACGCGCAAGGAAGGAAUUCACCCGGGCAAUCCCGCCUGGGCGGCGGCCGUGGGUGGAAAGAGUGCAGGGCAGCCUGCCCGAGGACCGCCACGACGGUAGGGAGCGCUGCGCCGCUAGAGCGAGCGCGACCCUUCUCGGACGCCGUCGUAACCGGCGCAGGCGCAGUCGCGUUCCCAUGCCUGGCCCAGGAGCUGGGAAGGCGGAAGCUGUGGCGGUGGCCGGAGGGGCCUCGCCCGCUCCCCGCGACUGGCCGCUCCUCCCUGGCCGCGCUCUUCGCCCUCGUUUCGUCCAGGAACGACUGAGCGACGAAAGAGCCAAGCAGUGCAGAGAAAUUGUGUGGCCAUUUAGCAAGUAUGAGUCUGCUAAAUUGUGAAGACAGCUGUGGUGGCAACCAGCCGGAAAGUGAUUGUUGCCCCGCCAUGGCCAGUGCCUGCAGCACCGGUGCCAAGGAGGACAGCAUAAACGGGAGCCCCGUUCCUGGGAACCUUUCCAGCUCCCUGAUGGAAGAGAUUCAAGGCUAUGAUGUGGAGUUUGAUCCUCCCCUUGAAAGCAAAUAUGAGUGUCCCAUCUGUCUGAUGGCGUUACGGGAAGCUGUGCAAACCCCAUGUGGCCAUCGCUUCUGCAAGGCCUGCAUUGUCAAGUCAAUAAGAGACGCGGGUCACAAAUGCCCUGUGGACAAUGAAAUACUGCUGGAAAAUCAACUAUUUCCUGACAAUUUUGCUAAACGGGAAAUCCUCUCACUUACAGUGAAAUGUCCAAAUGACGGUUGUCUGCUGAAGAUGGAACUGAGGCAUCUAGAGGAUCACCAGACACAUUGUGAGUUUGCACUUGCGGAAUGCUCACAGUGCCACCUUUCCUUUCGGAAAUAUCUCCUUCACAAUCAUAUGCUCACGGAGUGUCCAAGGCGGCAAGUGUCAUGUGUGAAUUGUGCUGCCCCGAUGCCAUUUGAAGAGAAAGAGUUCCAUGACCAGAACUGUCCACUGGCAACAGUCUUCUGUAAAUACUGCAACACCAUGCUCAUCCGCGAACAGAUGCCUAAUCACUAUGAUAUAGAUUGCCCAACAGCUCCAAUUCCAUGUACAUUCAGUACAUUUGGGUGUGAUGAGAAGAUGCAGAGGAAUCAUUUGGCACGCCACCUGCAAGAGGAUACUCUGGCUCAUAUGCGCAUGAUGGCACAGGCCAUCCAGAACAUCAGCAUUGCAGCUUUCGAUCCGGGGAUGUCCCGGAUCCCAUCAGGAUGCCACCAAGAGGUUCAGAACUUCCAAGAAACCAUCCAGCAGUUGGAGAGUCGCCUUGUGAUGCAAGACCAUCAAAUCCGAGAGCUGACAGCCAAGAUGGAAACACAGAGUGCUUGCGUAGGAGACCUCAAACGGACCAUUCGAACCCUCGAGGAUAGGAUCGCUGAGAUGGAGGCACAGCAGUGCAAUGGCAUUUACAUCUGGAAAAUCAACAACUUUGGGAUGCAUUUGAAAUCUCAAGAAGAGGAGAAGCCCGUGGUCAUCCACAGCCCUGGAUUCUACACUGGCAAACCCGGCUAUAAGCUCUGCAUGCGCCUUCUGCAGCUGCCCAGCGCUCAGCGCUGCGCUAACUACAUUUCCCUUUUUGUCCACACGAUGCAAGGUGAGUAUGACAGCCAUCUUCCCUGGCCCUUCCAGGGCACGAUACGCCUUACUAUUCUCGAUCAGUCUGAAGCCCCGGUGAGGCAGAAUCAUGAAGAGGUCAUGGACGCCAAGCCAGAUCUGCUGGCCUUCCAGAGACCCACCAUCCCCCGGAACCCCAAAGGCUUUGGCUACGUGACUUUCAUGCACUUACAAGCCCUUAGACAAAGAACCUUCAUUAAAGAUGAUACUUUACUUGUGCGUUGUGAGGUUUUGACACGCUUGGACAUGAAUAGCUUACGGAGGGAGGGAUUUCAGCCACGCAGUACUGACGCAGGGGUGUAGAGCAUGGCCCCUGGCUUAUGAAAACAGACACCGUCUAGAGUCCACGGUCGCCUUACCUGGCUUAUGCCACAAUUGUAUCUUCUAGGCUUUAUUUCUGGGUGCCUGUGAAGUCAAUUCAAGAGCCUCAGCUCUCUAAAAACCUCUAACCAAUGAAACACAAACCAAAACAAUGGUUUAAAGAAAGAGUAUUUCAUUACUCGGUCAUAAAUUCUGUGCCAUUAUCUAAAAAUCAUUAAUCAAAAGUCUUAGUCCGUAUCAUUAUCCCGAGUCCUCACUCUUUCUGAGACAAUCUAAAUUGAAACAGUUUUCCCUUAGAUAUGAACACUUUGUCUGCUUCUACAAAAGAAUGGAAUCCGAGAUGCCUUUAAUGUAUUUUAGCUGUUUUGUUAGUCUAAGGAUGUCUCUUCUUGUUUCUCAGAUCAAGUCAGAAGAUCAGCACCAAAGGAUUUUCCUAUGAACUUUACCCAAAGGAUGUUAUGUUAUUUAUUAUCCAAAAGCCAUGGUAAAGCAAUUGAAAGCCUCUUCUUCUCUGGAUAAUCAUAAAUUUCCUUCUAACCAUGUUAUUUUGAUGAUAUCAGACUUAAGUAGAUUGAUAAUCACUACUGCCUUACCUACCCAGAAAGAAGAGAUAGAAAUUUGAGUUCUCAAAAUUUUGACCACCUUUUAGCUCUUGAGAUCUGGGGUAAAGUUCCCAUUUGCUGCUUUUUUUUUCCCAGGGAAUUUCUAGCUGCAAGCACAGUCAUUUAUAGCAGUCUUAGAUUUGUUUAAAACUGAGAUGAUAUGUAUUUUUAUAAAGAACUUUGAACUUCACAAAAGGCUUUUCCCACUGCACAUGUGAAUGUUAGAGACUUUGAAUACUCAUUGCUGAAUAUUCUUGCAACUUAAUUCAGUGCACUUUUCUUUGAAGACACAUAAGAACAUUUUUGCUUUCCAUCUUCUCUGUACUGGCCUUUUUUGGUGUCAAGAACCUUAUGGAUAAUAGUUCUGGAAUCUUUUUAAGUUCUGUUGAUAAGAUGCUACCCCUGCAUACCCAUUAGUCAUCAUCUGCUGAACUAAGUAUACAAGCCCCUAUGGUUGUUUAAGUAUACAGCCCCUGUGGUUGCACCUAAGUAUGCUGAACUAAGUAUACAAGCCCCUAUGGUUGUUUAAGUAUACAGCCCCUGUGAUUGCACACGUGCACGUGUGGACAGUGCACAUCCACUGUCCAGUUAUAUAAACCAGUGAUUCAAAGCUAUUUUGGGAUAUUUAUGACAGGAUUUUUUUUGAAUCCUUGUCAUAUACUUAUGAUGCUGUUACUUUAUUUUUUUUUUAAGUAAGGCAGAUUAAGAUUAAUUUUGAUAAUUUUUUCAAUUAUCCCCCUAAGAGGGAGCCUAGAAAUCAUUAAAUGGAAGUAGGAAUUUCUGAGUGGAGACAGUUCUAUUGUCCAUUAUUUGGAAUGAUUGUCUCACCUCAUCAGAACCAUAGGAUCUGAAUGAAAAAGCUUAAAAAGGUAACACUGAAUUCACUCAGUAUUUCUUUACAUAUCCUUCUAGAACAAUAAUGACAGGCAUAAGGAAUGGGCCCGUGGAGGCCCAUAUAGAUUAUUUGUUUAAAUGUGUUCAGUAGUGUAUUAGAAGUAUUGGAUCUUGACUGUUGGAGCAAAAUCUAGUUCUGAACAUUAGUCGUUACCAUAUGAGUUUUAUACAAACUAAUGACUCACGAGGAGCUGAAUAGAGAGAGUGGCUUGCUGAUCAGAAAAGAAUAGUACAAUAGAAUGAUAAAUGUUGAUUAGCUGGGGCUAAUUAAUUUUUAUAUUAAGUUUUCUACCAAUCACUUAUUUUACUAAUGCCCACCCCAAAGCAAGGAUACUUAUCGUUACAAAAGGAGGAUGGGAAACAAAGCUAAAGAGAAAGCCCCCUUCCCUGUUGUACCAAAAGCAAAAUAAAAGGGUAGAUUUCCCUUUUUGUCUCCGACAUAAUCCAUGGCCCCCAUGGUCUACUCCCUCACUGCUUUGUUAUCUGCUCUUUGACCAGACCACUCUCUGAUUCCCUGGCUCAGGAGCACCCGUGACCCUCUUCCUGUCCCCAGGAGACGCCAAGCAAGUGCUGCUUGAUUGCCACAACCAUUUUGGCUUUGGGUUUCCUCCUCUCUAAAAUGAGGAGGUUCCAGUAUGUCAGACCUUUCUGUGAGCGGCAGGGACCCCUGUGGCAAGAAACCAAUUAUCCUGAAAUACAGAUAUCAAAAUAUUUUAUAAAAAAAUCAAACAUAUGCACUCCAGGUUAAGAAUCCCUGAAUUAGAUCAUUUCUAAGGCCCCUUACAUCUCAAAGUAAGGGAUUUCAGAAAUUAAGUUCUGUCUCUGACAGUUCUCAUGAAGCCAUCACAGCACUGAAGGAGGAGGCUUACACUGGGCAGUUAAAUCUGGAGACAGUUCUCUCUGCUCUCUGUCAGUGUAUGAAGUACCUGUUGGCUGGGCUGCUGCUUCUCUAGGGGCUGCUCUUUCUUCGCUCAUUACCUUUUCCUAAAUGUAUAUGAGGAUCAUUACAGAGACUGAUGAUGGAGUCAUCAUCCAAGAUGGAGAGAUGUUUUUGGUCAGGUCUUCAGGCUGACCUUGAUUCAGAACCUGCUAAGUAACAAGCCAAUUUCCUCUUUUAGUCCUGCUGUGCCAAAAAAAAAAAGUGGAAACUCCCUAAUUUGACAAGUUGGCAGGUGAAGAGAUGGGCUGUAUUUGUGUUUUAUUAACUGACAGACUGGUUGCUGCUCUCCAGUUUAUGCUUCUGCAUCAUCUGGGGUCAGCUAAAAUAAGCUCCUUUUGCCACUUCCUCUUUGGGGAGAGUCGUCCAAGAUGGUGUUUAUCCUCGGCUUGCUCUAAGUCACACAUUGGGUUGUUGGCUGAGAGAGUAGGGAGGUAAUUACAUGUCAGUAAUUACUUCUGCCCUUAAGCAACCCUUUUUUUGGUGACAUAACGAUAAUCUUUUUUUCUUAGGGAAUAGGGAAGAUAAGAUCAUGAAGACCAACUUGGCGAGAAUUGUUGAACGUGAAAAGGGAAAUAUGAGUCUCCAGGGAUUAUUUAGAAAAAUUGUGCUUUUGCCACAAAAUUUAUAAUCUUUCACUAGAUUUAUUCAUCAUUUUCAAACCAGAACAGUUUGAAAUAAACCAGUCCUGUGCUUAGUAAUCUCCUGGACCAUCAGCAUAAAAAAAAAGAAUAAAUAUCAUGCCCAACCAGUUGCCCACUACAUUUUACAAGUUUUUUUGCUCAAAGUUCCUAGGAUCUUUUCUGUUUUACUAAUACAUAUUUUACCUUUCUGGAGAAAAUUUUUAAAAAUCUUUUUCACUUUUUUCAUUUAAUUCAUUAUCAUAGAAUUGGCAAGGCCCACAGUUAAAUCCCUUUCUGAAACACUUUUUUUUAAUCUCUUGGGAAAAAAAAUACCGUACCUUAAAAGCCCUUUCCAGUUAGGUUUGUUUGUUUGUUUUUUAAAUAAAAUACUGCAGUGCUCUAUUUCCAUGAUGACCAUUUCCAUUAGGCCUGAGUAGCUGAAUGUGUUCUAAAUUCUUUAAAACAAGAUUGAUAUGUCUUUUCUGUUAAGUAUUGUGUUUUUGGCCAUGCUCCUUAUUAGCUGUGUGAUCUUGGGAAAGUAUGACCCUCCUGAGUGUUACUUUCUUUCCCAGCUCAUUGCUUCCCUCCCUCACAAGGUGAUGUGAGGAUUAGCAAGAUACAAAUGUGAAAAUUGGUAAACUACUGUGCUAUGCAAAUGUAAUUUAAUUGUGAAGAUGACAAAAAUUGUCAUCUGGAGGUGUUUUUGUUUUGUCAUGUCACCUCAUAGUUUUGCUCCUUUAAAAAAUGAGCCUUUGACUAUUAAUGGAGACCAGUGUGGUAGUGAUUACAAAUUCCCCAAACCUAUUAUUGUACUUGGGAAGCCAUCUUCCAGUUUAAUGCUCGGACAACCUGACAACAGGUGUUUUUAUUUCCUUCUCACUAUCUCUCAUCUUUCCUCUUUAAGUUCUCCUAUAAAUUUCAUUCAUCCUUCCUGUAGAACUCUGCUGUAGUACCUUAUGGCCAGUACGUUGGAAGACCUAAUCAAAUCAAUAUAGACCCAUGAGUUUAAUCAUACUGAAAUAGUAUAAGGAGAUCUUUUGAUCAAAAAUGAACAUGUGUAAAGAGAUAUUUAGCUGUUUGUGUCACGUCUUUUCCAUCUUAGUCAUCAUGCUUCAUUUUUAUUACAGAAAUAAUGUUUUGUUUUGUUUUAAUGUAAGGCUAUUUUCUCAAAAUAGCUAUCAGAAUCACAUACAGAAAAGUAAUUCUGGUUGGGAAAGAUUUGAAAAGGAGUCUGCAAAAUGGGAACAUUCGACUCCAAGGUAGUACAAAGGACAUUCUUUAUAUCCUAUAUUCUAACCUGCCUCUCCAUGUAGGAUUGAUCCUGGCACUAAAGCAUAACUCCAGUGCUUCUACAGCAGUUCUCUGAAAGGAAGAUUGUUUUAAACAUUGUUGCCCCAAUCUUUGCAAGCUUGCCCUACAGCUACCCCAUAAAUUCUCCAAGUGAGUACUGAAAUAGGUCCAUGGUGAGUAUGGAGGAGCAGGCAGAGAUGGCUUCUGCAAGUACUUUCCCUUCAUUGGUGCUCAGAGGAAUAUGAAACUUAGUGCCGUCUUGCUUUCAAAGGGAAAAGAGUUGACUGAUUUGCAAAUUAAUUUCCCUUGUAAGCAAAGGUUAGUAACAUUUUCAGAGCUUACUUUCAGUGAGGCUUCCUUGGAGGUCAGUUCCCUUGAAUUCCAUUGCUAUUGAAAAUGAAACAGUUAUAUUUGGGAUGUAUAUUGAAGAUGUAAUUAAAGGAUUCUAAAAUGGAUUUAGAAAGUUUGUAUUUUCCAUACCUAAUGCAUUUUAUGGUUUUAUUUAUAUUUCUGCAUGAAGAAAUACUUUUGUACAUCACUGUGGUGUAAACUAUUUGCUUUUAAACAAAUGCUGUUGGUCAUGAAUAAUGACUUGGAGGAGCUUUUUGCACUCAUUUUGUGAAGUGUCCAGGUUCCCAAAAUCCUGCAUCAGGAGAGAUGAGAAAAUAUUGACUGGAUAAGCCGUCAUAUGAAAGCAAAGGAUUGGAUUCUGAACAUUGAGCAAGGAAGUCAUAUACCUGGGAAAAUGUUUUGUGCCUUUUAAAGAAAAGACACCCUAUAAAUCCAAAGAAUGUUUUUAAAAUAAUCAUUUAUCCAUAAAUGGUAAGAAAAGCUCAGAACUGAUCAGACCUUUUAUGAAAUGAAGCACAUUAACACACCAGUGGCCAUCGAUCAUGUUUUUUGAGAUCGCUGCUUUAGAAGUUUCUGGCUUAGCACAUAUACACAUAGAUGCAUAUGUGUAAAAUACCACAUAAGUGUAGAUAGGGAUAUAGAUAUAUGAAUCUAUGCUUGUAGAUUCUAAAAUGUAUAAAAUGAUGUAUAAAAUAAACCUGCCACAUAACUGCUGGGAUCUAGUUUUCUUUAAGUAUUACCUGAAACUCUUUGCAGCAAAUUACUAUUUAAUUUAUGUUUGCUCACAUGCAGAAUUACCCAGCCUUGGUUUUGUAACACCCCAUUGGCUCUCUAAUUAUCAGAGAUCUCUUAAAAUCCUCCAAAUAAAACUUUAAUUCACUCUUAGGUAGUAAAUAAGUGCCUUACCAGCCCUUUGAGGGGGCUGAGGCCAUUGUCAAAUUCCAGGAGGACGGGGAUUAAGGACGGGCAGAAAAGCUGGCUGUGAGAACCCAGAGAGGCUGUGAAUUUGUAGAAAUUGUACAGGGAAUCAACCUGGUUGUGAGCUCCAGCCUGGACAGGUUUGUUAUCUGGGCCCACUUUGACCCCAUGAUAGAUUGAGUGGGGAGAAUUACCUAGCUUAAUCCCUUUCAAAUGUUUUUUUCUUUAUUCAGAAGCUAGGAGGAACCCUAAUAAUUAGCCAAUUUUCCACUGUUUUGUGAGUGUAGCUUUUAAGAAGCCUGUGUUUCUGGUUCUGGAGAGACCAUGAUGUUCUAGGAUAGGAUAUUUACGCAUGACUCUGAUGGCCAAAGCUUUAAACAGCUAGAGAAUGGACAAAAGGAGAAGUGAUCCUUGAACAUCUUCCCUUCCUUUUUCUACCCCCCAGCCCACCUCACUUUCAUGAAUGUCUUUGGGAAAGGCGCGUGUCACACUGGCAAAGAUAAGAGACCUUUGCCCCUUGCCCUUCCUGGUCUAUCUAUUGCACUAGUCUGAUACUAAAAAGCUGUAUGUCAGUUUGUAUUUUCCCUUGUAAAUGAAAAAUUAUAACCAGCAUUUCUAGAAAAAAAAUGUUUAAAUUAAUAAAUUGUUUUAAUGUUAUAAUCAAGUUGUUGUGAUUGGGGGAAGGGCACAAUGUAAAUAAACUGAUAAGGAAGAGGUACAGGAGAGCUAAGUUGCAAGAGACCUUGAACUCAUUUAUGUUCUGCGGUUCCCUCGUUUUACCACAUGUGACUGAGCAGAAAUUAGGUUCAUCUUGGAAAUGAUGGCGCAUUCAUCCUGGUUCAUGGAGAAGAGGGGAGAGCAUAGGGAGGCUAGAAGGAAGGAGGAGGAAGGAAGCUCAGAUUUGUGUCAGGUGAUGGCGGCUUUCUUGCAGGACACAUAUAAUGUGUGCUUCUUCCUCUGCCAAAAUGUAUCUGCCUGCCUCAUUUCAAGUGGCCGUAGAAAGAAAGAAUCCUAGACAAGUAACAUUACAAAGUCUGCAUUUGGAUCAGAAGAUGUAGGUUUGAUUCCAGCCUCUCUCUACGAGUCACCUAACCUCUCUGGACCCCAUUUUCCUCAUCUAACAGGGGACUGGACUAGGUGGCUUUAAGAGCUCUUCCAGGUCUAAAUUUGUGAACCGUUUUUAACAGGCUUCCCCCACCAUCACCUCUUUUUUGCUUUUUAAAGAACAGUUUCCAUGGCAGGGAGACACAUUUGUAUAGUCCUUCCUAAAUAUCCACCUACUGCAUUUAAAAUGAACCAAGUAAUUUCAGAACUGAGGGACACAAACACUUCUAAGACAUUUUGUAAUAAAACUGAGCUUUUCAAAAAAGCCUUUGGGGGUGAAUGUUCCAAGAAGAAAAGUCAUCAAAGACUAUAAUUUUUAAAACACUCGCAACAAGUUAUUUGGGGUAAGAUUUGCCUUUAAAAUCAGUCAUUUCUAGUCCAGUUUCUGUUAGUCUCGUCACUUUUUUAAAGUCCAUAUAAAGUUGCUUUAACAAAAAAAACCAAAGAAAUGAGAGUAGUGUUACUUUAUAGAGUCAACUUUUUAGUUAUCCAUACUUAAAAGAAUAGAGCAGUGAUAAUUACAAGCAAUGGGAAACCCAAAACAUUUGUAUUUGACUUCAGAAUGUGUUUUUGUGCUUCUAUUUGAAUAUAUGUCUCAUCUUCCAGGAAAUUAUGAUAUUCCAAGGCAAAUAAUAUAACUAAACAUACUCUAAAGAUGACUCAGGGAUCCUGGAAGAUUCUCAAGCAAGCCUGUUCUUAUUUGUCUACUCAAUUUCCUGCUCCUUAUUAUAGGCUGGAAUCAGAAGACACCUCUCAGAUGAACAGAAUAGGAAAGCUUAAAAGUAAAACAUUUCUUUUUUAGCUUUCUGGUCCUCCUAUCAGCUUUUCCAUUUGUCCCUCGUCCAUUCAGCUGCCAGUCUUCGAUUUAUUAUCUUUAUAACAGUUUCUUACAAACAGUUUAUAACAGUUCUUACAAACAAGGCAUUUCAAUGGCUCCUUUUUUGCUUUCCUAAUAAGUUUCUAACUCCCUAAUGUGGUAUUUGUUAUAUUCCAGUCUGGGACCACUCCACCUUUGUUCCAGCCUUAUUUUAUACUAUGACCUCAUGGUCUGGUCAAACCAUUGCUUGGGCCCUGGACUUUGAUGAAUGACAUUGUUGAUCACCUAUUUUUUUUUAAUGCUCUUUCCUCUCCAAGUUUUCUGGCUUGAAGUCUCCAGACAAGUCAGGAAGACAAUUCAACUUCAGACAUUUUCUCUCUCUCAUCUUGACUUGAUCCAGUCACUUAACCCGUAUUUGACUCAGUUUCCUCACCUGUAAAAUAGAACUAGCUUAGUAAUGCCUAAGUCCUAGGGUGGUUGUGAGGAUCAAAUGAGAUAUUUGUAAAAAGAGCUGAGUGUGUAAUGAAUACCAUAGAUAAAGAAGCAAUAUCAAUACUAAAUAUAUGUGUAUCAAGUGAUAUAGCAUCCAGAUUCCUAGAGGAGAAAUUAAAAGAGCUGCAAGAAGAAAUAAACAAUAAAAUUAUACUGUGAGGGAUCUCAACCUUGCUCUCUCAGAACUAGAUAAAUCAAACCACAAAAUAAAUAGGAAAGAAGUUAAGGAGGCAAAUAGAAUUCUAAAAAAGUUAGGUAUGAUAGCUCUUUGGAGAAAAUUGAAUGGAGACAAGAAUAUACUUUUUUCUCAGUGGCAUAUGGAACCUCUGCAAAAAUUGACCAUAUAUUAGGGCUAAAAACCUCAAAAUCAAAUGCAAAAAGGCAGAAAUAAUAAGUGCAAUUUUUUUAGAUCAUGAUGCAAUAAAAAUUACAAGCAAAAAGGCCAAAGGAAAAUAGACCAAAAAUUAAUUGCCAACCAAACUAACCCUAAAGAAUGAGUGGGUGAAAUAACAAAUCAUAGACACAAUCGAUAAUUUCAUUUAAGAGAAUGACAAUAAUGAGACAGCAUACCAAAAUUUAUGAGAUGCAGCCAAAGCAGUUGUUAGGGGAAAUUUUAUAUCCCCAGAUGCUGACUUGCAUGAAACUGAGAAAGAGAAGAUCAAUGAAUUGGGCUUACAACUAAAAAAAUCUAGAUAAAGAACAAAUUAAAAGGCCCCAAUUAAGUACCAAAUAGGAAAUUCUGAAAAUAAAAGGGUAGAUUAAUAAAAUUGAAAGUAAGAAAGUUAUUGAAUUAAACAAAACUGAGUUUUAUGAAAAAACCAACAAAGUAGAUAAACCUUGACUUAAUUUGAUUAGAAAAAAGAAAGGAAGUCAAAUUGUUAGUAUCAAAAAUGAAAAGGGAGAACUUUCUACCAGUGAAAAACAAAUUAGAGCAAUAAUUAGGAGUUAUUUUGCUUAACUAUAUGUCAAUAAAUCUGAUAAUCUCAGUUUAAUGGAGGAAUACUUAGAAAAAUAUAGAUUGCCCAGGUUAACAAAAGAGGGAAUAAAUUGCUUAAAUAGUCCCAUUUUAGAAAAAAAGUUGAAUAAGCUAUUAAUCAACUCCCUAAGAAAAAAUCUACAGGACCAGAUAGAUGGGUUUACAUGUGAAUUAUACCAAACAUUUAAAGAACAAUUCCAAUGCUAUAUAAACUAUUUGAAAAAAUAGGGAAAGAAGGACUCCUACCAAAUUCAUUUUGACACAGAUAUGGUACUGGUGCCUAAAUUGGUAGGAUGAAAACAAAAAAAAAUAAUUAUAGACCAAUUUCCCUAAUGAAUAUUGAUGCAAAAAUCUUAAAUAAAGUAUUAGCAAAGAGAUUACAACAAGUUAUCCCCAGGGUUAACCAAGUAGUAUUUAUACCAGAAAUGCAUAGCUAGUUCAAUAUCAGGAAAAUUAUUACCAAACUUAACAAAAAUCAUAUGAUUAUCUCAAUAGAUGCAGAAAAAGCAUUUGAUAAAAUUCACCACCCAUUCCUAUUAAAAACACUAGAAAGUAUAAGAAUAAAUAGAUGAUCAGUAGCAUCUAUUUAAAACCAUCAGCAAGCAGUAUAUUUAAUGGGGAUAAACUAGAAAAUAGUUUUGUUUUUUUUUCUCCCAAUAAUGUCAGGAGUGAAACAAGGUUGCCCACUAUCACCAUUACUACUCAAUAUUAUAUUAAAAAUGCUAGCUUUAGCAAUGAGAAAAAAAAAAUUAUCACUCUUUGCAGAUGAUAUGAUGCUAUACUUAGAGAACCCUAGAGAAUCAACUAAAAAGCUACUAGAGACAAUUCACGAUGUUAGCAAAGUUGCAGGAUACAUAAUAAAUCCACAUAAAUCAUCAGCAUUUUUAUAUAUUACCAACAAAGUCCAGCAGCAACAGAUACCAAGAGAAAUUCCACUUAAAAUAACUGUACCUAAUGCAAAAUAUUUGAGAGUCUAUCUGCCAAGGCAAAGUCAGGAACUAUAUGUACACAACUACAAAACACUUUCCACACAAAAUAGAUCUAAUCAGUUGGAAAAAUAGCAAGUGCUCACGGGUACACCAAACUAAUAUAAUAAAAGUGACAAUACUACCUAAAUUAAUCUACUUAACCAAUUUCAUACCAAUCAAAGUCCCAAGAAAUUAUUUUACAGACCUGAAAAAAUAAUAACAAAGUUCAUCUUGGAAGAAAAAAAGGUCAAGAAUUUUAAGGGAAUUAAUGAAAAAAAAAAUGCAAACGAAGUUGGUCUAGCUGUACCAGACUUAAAACUAUAUUAUAAAGCAGCAGUCGUCAAAACCAUUUGAUACUGGCUAAGAAAUAGAAUAGUCAAUCAGUGGAAUAGGUUAGGCUCACAGGACAAAAUAGUCAAUGACUAUAGUAAUCUACUGUUUGACAAACGCCAAAACCCUAACUUUUAGGAUUAAAAACUCAUUAUUUGGCAAAAAAAAAAAAACUGCUGGGAAAAUUGGAAACUGGUAUGGCAGAAAUUAGGUAUUGUACCAUGUACCAAAAUAAGGUCAAAAUGGGUUCAUGAUUUAGACAUAAAGAAUGAUAUUAUAAACAAAUUAGAAGAACAUGGGAUAGUUUAUCUCAGACCUAUGGAGGAGGAAAGAAUUUGUGACAAAGAAGAACUGGAGAUCAUUAUUGAUCACAAAAUAGAUACUGAUUAUAUUAAGUUAAAAACAAACAAAACCAGUGCAAAAACUGGGGAGAAAAUUUUUCAUUCAAGGAUUCUGAAAAAAAGCCUCAUUUCUAAAAUAUAUAGAGAAUUGACUCAAAAUUAUAAGAAUUCAAGCCAUUUUCCAAUUAAUAAAUGGUCAGAAGAUAUGAACAGACAAUUUUCAGACGAAGAAACUGAAAACAUUUGUACUCAUAUGAAAAGGUGCUCCAAAUCACUAUUGAUAAGAGAAAUGAAAAAUGAGGUACUCUGAGAUACCACUACACACUUCUCAGAUUGGCUAAGAUGACAGGAAAAGAUAACGAAGAAUGUUGGAGGGGAUGUGGGAAAACUGGGACACUGAUACAUUAUUGGUGGAAUUGUGAACAGAUCCAACCAUUCUGGAGAGCAAUUAUCAAACUGUGCAUGCCUUUUGAUCCAGCAGUGCUACUACUGGACUUAUAUCCCAAAGAGAUCCUAAAGGAGGGAAAGGGACCCACAUGUACAAGAAUGUUUGUGGCAGCCCUCUUUUAGUGGCCAGAAACUGGAAACUGAGUGGAUGCCCAUCAAUUGGAGAAAGGCUGAUAAAUUGUGGUAUAUGAAUAUUAUGGAAUAUUAUUAUUCGGUAAGAAAUGACCAACCGUAUGAUUUCAGAGAGGCCUGGAGAGACUUACAUGAACUGAUGCUGAGUGAAAUGGGCAGAACCAGAAGAUCAUUAUACACGGCAACAACAAAUUAUACAAAGAUCAAUUCUGAUGGAUGUGGCUCUUUUCAAUAGCAAAGUGAUUCAGGCCAGUUCCAAAGGACUAUACUACUAUAUAUGAAUAAUCAGUUAGUAAUGAAGUAGAGUAAUGAAGAGAGCCAUCUGCACCCAGAGAGAAGACUGGGAACUGAGUGUGGAUCACAACAUAGCAUUUUCAUUCUUUUUGUUGUUGUUUGCUUGUAUUUUAUUUUCUUUCUCAUUUUUUCCCUUUUUGAUGUGAUUUUUCUUGUGCAACAUAUUUGUAGAAAUAGAUAUAAAAGAAUUGUACAUGUUUUACUUAUAUUACAUAACUUACUAUCUAGGGGAGAAGGUGAGGGGAAAGGAGGAGAAAAUUUGGAACACAAGGUUUUGCAAGGGUGAAUGUUGAAAAUUAUCCAUGCAUCUAUUUUGAAAAUAAAAAGCUUUAAUAAAAGGAAAAA